AUCCAGUUAGUUGUCGUGGAGGAAGGAAGCUCUAGUAAAGUGUAACCGAGAGAGAGAGAGAGUGAGAUAAAGAGAAUAUAAAGUGGUCCUCCCGCCCUAAAGAACUAUGGCUAAACAAAUCAAAAAUUAUGCUUUCAUUAUCCUGAUGCUAAAUCUAAUCAUAAUCAAUCAAAGGCAUACAUUAAUAGAGGCCAAAUUGCUGACACGUUGCCAAUUGGCCAAAGAGCUAUUACGACACGAUUUUCCACGAAGUUAUCUAUCCAAUUGGGUCUGUCUGGUUGAAUCGGAAAGCGGUCGCAGCACUUCUAAAUCCAUGCAAUUACCCAAUCAAAGUGUUAGCUAUGGUUUAUUUCAGAUCAACAGCAAAAACUGGUGUCGUAAGGGACGUCGUGGUGGCAUUUGUAAUAUCAAAUGUGAAGAGUUCCUAAAUGAUGAAAUAUCAGAUGAUUCACGUUGUGCCAUGCAAAUCUUCAAUCGACAUGGCUUUCAGGCUUGGCCCGGCUGGAUGAGCAAAUGUCGUGGUCGCACAUUGCCCGAUGUGUCGCGUUGUUGA